AUGGCUGCCCUAGAUGCCAGUAUGAAGGAAGUUAGGGGAUUGGUCAAUUCCAUUCCCCUAACAACGCCUAAUCUGUUGCUGUUACUUACGGGCGGGGUCUUCGUAUAUUCCAUUGGGCAAAUUGUCUACAACCUUUAUUUCCAUCCUCUUGCGCGCUUUCCAGGUCCUCUGUUAUGGCGGGCAACUCGUUUAGCAUACGUUGUUCGAAUGAAUCAAGGCAAGCUAGCCUUCGAUGUUCUGGAAUUGUACAAGAAAUACGGCCCUAUCGUGCGCAUCGCGCCUAAUGAACUCGCUUUCUCAGAUGCGGAUGCCUGGAAGAGUAUUUACGGACACAGGGUAGGUGCAAAUCAUGGUAUGGAGGAAAUGGACAAGUUCCAUACCUUUUAUCGAACCAAAGGUGAGGUCUUGAGCAUCAGUUCUGGAGAUCGUGAGUACCACGCCCGAUUGCGAAAACAGUUGGCAUUUGGUUUCAGCGAGCGUGCGCUCCGAGAACAGGAGACGAUGAUCGGCCGUUACAUCACACUCCUCAUAAAACGCCUGCGUGAGCAUUGCGUCGACUCCGAUCGGAUCGACCAGGCCACUGGAGGACCUGCUAAGAAGGAUAUUGACAUUAAGAUGUGGUACAACUGGACAACAUUUGAUGUUAUCGGUGAUCUUGUCUUUGGUGAGGCGUUUGGAAGCCUUGAGAAUGCCAAAUACGAUCCUUGGGUCGAGGCGAUCAACGGUUCAAUUCGAUUCUUGGGUAUCAUCAACGGAGUCAAGCACAUGGGUCUCGAAAGCCUCUUCAUGUGGCUCGUCAAGCUGACCAACACCAACCGCGCUGAGCACGACAGGCGUAUAAUGGACAAAUUAGAUCGCCGAGUCGCUUUGCAACAAGAGAGACCAGACUUGAUUGAGGGCUUAAUUCAGAAGAGAAAGGAAUGGGGUCUGAGCAUGCACCACCUAUCGGCCAAUAGCAGCAGUGUACUUAUCGCUGGAUCAGAGACGACCUCAAGCAUGCUGAGUGGCGUUACCUACAUGCUUUUGACCAACCCCGACGCAUAUCAGAAGGUGGUUCACGAAGUGCGCACGUCGUUCAACUCUGAUGAAGAGAUAACUCUUACCUCAGUGAGUCGUUUGACAUACAUGCUGGCAUGUUUGAACGAAGCUAUGCGCUCUUAUCCACCAGUUCCAUUCGGUAUGCCUCGUUUUGUUCCGAAGGGAGGCGCUAAGGUGUCCGGAGAGUUUAUUCCAGAAGAUACCGUGGUCGCCGUGUGGCACUGGGCCACGUAUCACAAUCCUGCCCAUUGGACCGACCCUUUUACUUAUAAGCCGGAACGAUUCCUCGGUGACCCAAAAUACGCCAAUGAUCGAUUUGAUGUCCUGCAGCCUUUUUCCAUGGGGCCGAGGAAUUGCAUUGGCAGACAUCUCGCAUACGCCGAAAUGCGUUUAGUGCUCGCUCAGAUUCUCUGGAACUUCGACAUGGAGAUUCUGGAGAAGAGUAGGUCUUGGAUAGACCAUCUUUCAUAUGUUCUUUGGGAUAAGCCUCCUCUAUGGGUACAUCUAACUCCAAGGACCCGGAUAUUGGAAUAG